AUGGAACGCACUAUCUCUCGUCCGUCUAUACGAUCUCAUCGUUCACAUUCCCUACGACAUCUCUCCGACAUACAGGACUAUGUACCUCAAGAACCUGUCGAACCCACCAUCUCAACUGGUGUUGGUAUGAUAGCGCGUUCCCAGUCCAGGAUAGAUAAUCAUGAGGAGAGGAAAGAUAUGGUUGGUGUGGAAAACAUAGAACCCAAAAGUCAUUAUGUUUUUAGAUUCUUGAGAGAGGAGAAACCUUUACCUUCAAAGAGAAUGGUGGGAGUGAUGCUAGCGGUGUUGUUUUUGGUUAUGUUCUUAGCAGGCUGGAAUGAUGCAAGUCAAGGACCUUUAUUGCCAUCUCUACAGACGUAUUAUUCUGUCAACUAUCUCGUUAUCUCCACCAUAUGGCUCGCAAACUUCGCUGGAUUUAUGACAUCAGGCAUAACCAAUGUGUUCAUCUCAGACGCAUUCGGAUUCGGUAUAGCAGCUCCCUUCGGUGCUGCGAUGCAGGGAUUAGCAUAUAUACUGAUCUGUUGGGGAUCUCCGUUUCCAUUAUUCGUGAUUGCUUAUAUCUUCAAUGGGUUCGGAUUGGGAUUACAGGACGCUCAAGUCAACUCACUCGUGACUCGUCUUGAAAACAGCUCUACCAAGAUGUUCCUCAUGCACGCGAUGUACGGCUUCGGCGCGACCGUCUCGCCAUUCGUAUCGACAGCUUUUGUACAGCACGUUCCCAAUCACGUUUACUACUAUUUCGCCGUAUCGUUGGGACUGGCCCUGGUCACAGUACUAGCUUUGGUCAUGGUGUUCAGGGGAAGGACGGAUAAUCAGGUUGUAGGGAAGAGACAGCUGGAAGUAAGAGUGAAUAAGGAUGGUACGCAUACAGAAAUCGAUCCUGCCAGUACAAAGCAUGAGGGGAGUGGUGGUAAGAUGAAGCAGAUCUUGAAGACUCCGGUGGUACACUAUAUGGCUUUCUACAUGUUAAUCUAUGUCGGUAUAGAGGUCACCAUAGGAGGAUGGGCUACAUCAUUUCUCAUAGACGAAAGGGCUGGUAAUGAUAAUUCAGGUUAUGUGUCUUCUGGAUACUUUGGAGGUUUGACCGUAGGCAGAGUGGUCCUUAUACCUGUAACCAAGCGAAUAGGCAACCACAUGUCUAUCUACCUAUACUCGCUGAUCACCCUCGUCCUUACAAUCAUCAUCUGGUUCACUCACUCCAUCGUCGGCAACGCGAUUUGUUUUUCGCUUGUUGGUGUAUUUCUGGGACCGAUGUAUCCAAUAGUCAUGAACGUCGUUGUGGAGAUCUUACCUGGGGAAUUACAAGGAGGUACAAUCGGUUGGAUAGCUAGUUUGGGUCAGGCUGGAAGUGCAAUCAUGCCAUUUAUGGUCGGUGCUAUCUCAGAAAGGUAUGGCGUCUGGAUCCUCCAACCAUUCACUCUGGCAUUCACCAUCGCGGAUAUACUCCUAUGGUUCCUGGUGACCAGGUCAUGGCGUAAACACGUCAAAAGCGUAGAUGAACAUCCUUCCAGUUCCGAUACUUCUGAUGAGAAGAAGGAUGGAGAGGGAUGUGAUCAGUUGUCAAGCUCGGAUAACCAAGUAACAUCGGAUGUCAAUGGAAAUGGAAAUGGGGAAAACGCGAAAAAUCAAUUAUAG